AUGGAAGGAAACGGAUUUGUUAAUUUAAUUAAUGAUGGAAAUAUUAAAUAUUUUAGAGGGAAAGUUGAUAAAAUAGCUGCUAUAUAUGCUGAAAAUUCUUUUGAGAAGCCAAAAUAUUCUACAAAUUAUUCUUUAUUUUAUUUUGAAAUUAAAUGUAAAAUUGAGGGAGAAAAUAAUUUACUAGUUAUUGGACUUGCAAAUUGUGUUGCAAAAAGUUAUAUUAGAUAUAAUGCAAGGGAAGUUAAGAUAAAGAAUUGUUUUCAAGAAUUUAACUUUUCAACGUUUCCUUGGAAUGAUGGGGAUAUUUUUGGGUGUGGAGUGGUUUAUCCACCAAAUAAGAAAAAUAGAAUGCCUUAUGCUUUCUUUACUCAAAAUGGAAAAUUAAUUGGUAAAGCAAUAUUAUUAAAUGACAAUAUAAAUUCGUAUAACCCGUAUGUCCACCUUAAAUGUUGCUCUGCUGAAACUAACUUUGGAAAUGAUUUGGAGACUACACCUUUCUGUUAUGAUAUUUCCAAACAUUAUGUGCUUAAAGAAUUUUAUUGA